AGCACGCACACCGCCACUAUAUUCAUUACUAUUAUUAUUAUGACUGCUUCGUCGAAGAUUCACUUCUGGAAUCGCCCCCGCUUCAUCGAGAGACUUCUUUCCUCCCCCGGCAGCGUACGCCCACGAUGCGGCCGCUGAAGUUGGCAUCGAAGCGAUUCACGGCGAAGACCGUAAACCCCUCCGCGGCGAGUCAGCUCAUCAUCGCCCAUGGCCUGCUCGGUAACGCGAUGAACUGGGCCACGGCGGCGCAACGCCUCGUCGAGCACCCGACGCUGCACGAUAAACUGCGCUGCGCGCACGCACUGGACAUGCGCAACCACGGCAGCAGCCCCCACAGCAGCAACCACACGAACGCCGCGCUGGCCUCGGACGUGGAGGCGGUCGUGCUGAGUGAACAGCAGGAGCUGCACCGUGCCUUUGCCGACCCGGCCGCCUGCUCCACGCACAAUUCGAUCUUGAUUGGCCACAGCAUGGGUGGCUUAGCGGUGGCAGGGACGCUGCUGCGGCGCGCCAACGAAGAUCGUCUCCUUCCGCAGAGCGCGGACGAGUACGGAGAAGAUUCGGCCUCGCGUUUUGGAUCGUGGAGUGCGGAUCGGCGCCGUGGCUGCUCAGCAGCUAUGCGCGCGGUGAACGACGAGUUCAGCUUCGCCGCCUCGCAGCCGAUUGCGGAUGUGCUGUACAACAACGCAGCGGCGGCGGCGGCCACGAGCGGCAUCGCGAGCCGCAUUCCGCGUCUCGGCCGCGUCUCUGGCGCCAUCAUUGUGGAUGUCACCCCGACAGUGCGGCUGGCUGAUCGGCGCAGCUCCGCCGACAACGUUCCCGCAACGCUGCAGUGCAUGACCGCGGUCGACCUCAGCGCCAUCCACAGCUACGAAGACGCGCACAAGGAACUGGCCCGCGUCGGCAUGACGGACAAGGCGAUGCGCGACUUUGUGGCAACGAAUAUCGUGCUGAGCCGGGGUGACAAGUCGCAGCCAGCGCACUGGAAGUGCAACUUGCCGGUGCUGGCCGGAGACUAUGGCAGCUUCCAGCCGACCAUAACAGCGUGGUACACGGCGGCGGCAAAGGCGGCGGACGCGCACUCUGCCGUGCUCACGCCCCGUCGGUGCCCGCUGCCCGUCUUGUUUGUCUUUGGGGAGAAGUCGCCGUACAACGAGCCGGAGCACCGACGGCAGAUAUCGACCUUCUUCUCCAACGCCACGCAGGUGGUGGUGGAGGGGGCUGGUCACUUCGUGCACUAUGAAAAGACGAAGGAGUUUGUGGAGGCCGUGGCGCCGUUUAUUGCCUCUCUUACCGCGCACCCCUAA